AUGGGUGGUGAGACAUCUAGACCAACUGACAAGCGUCGUGAGCCUGAGGUUAUAUGCCUCGGUUACCAACGAACGGGUACCCUCUCAAUGGCUUUGGCACUAGAGCGGCUUGGGUACGAACCAGUGGCGCACGGUGGAAGCCAAAUGCUGGGCAGAGAAGAUGCAUAUAUGCGCAAAAUAUGGGAGAUAUUCCAGACUCUCGAAGAUAAAGAACGGACCCUGAAGGCACUACGCGAAGUCACUAUCGGAUUCGGAGCUCUCACUGACGCUCCUUAUAACUUGUUCGCUGAAGAGCUUUAUGAACUAUACCCAGACGCAAAAUUCAUCUAUCUGACGCGCGAUGUAUCCGCCUGGUGGCGCAGUAUCGAGCCUGUUGCGAAAGCGGCAAGGACGUGGUGGUUGAGAUACUACAAUAUAAUUGCACCGGGAUGGCGGUGGUUUAUUUACAUUGGCGAUGGCUUCGUGAUUAGAAACCAACAGUUGGGGCUCGAUUCCUGGAAGUUGAAAACCUUAGAACAACACCAAGCCUACGUUCAAAGUCAUGUUCCACCUGAGAAACUUCUUAUCAUGGAUAUCAAAGAAGGCUGGAAGCCUUUAUGUAUCUGA